CCCACAAUUAUCUAAGUCUGAAUGAAACCAAUUUAAUGGAGUGCAAAUAGUGCCGGAGAGUCGCCAGUCCAUGAGUAUGUCAAAAAGCGGGCGUGUUGAUGGCAAACAAAGCUACGGAACGACAGAAAUAAACACUCUACAAACAGUCAGCCAGCCAGUCAGGCCAGGCCCAAUGACUUACAUUUGUAAAGAGCCCGAACUGAAGGAGAAAGUGAAAUUUUUGCAUUUCUCAGUGAGCAGCGUCGGCGAGCGGCUCUCCACAACAAGUCUGGGCCAUUGCCAUGGGCCAUUGACAGCGACUCAGACGACCGGCUUUAGACCAAGCUGAGGUUCAGUUCAAACUGCGGUUCAGUCUUCAUUCAGUCAGAAACGAAACAACAACGCAGGCGGCUUUAACCGCACGGAAAACGCAUCGAAAUCGAAAGUGCUUGUGGCCCGCGCGCGCGACUUGAAUCGCCAAGUGCUCCGGAGGGGGAGGCAUCAUAUAAACAGUGCGUGUCAUCAGCCAGGCCAUCAUAUGUCACCGGCUAGCAAACAGACAGCCAUCCGGCUUCGGCUUCGGCUUGGAGCUGCUGUUUACCUGGUAUUUUUAUGCCUGCUGGCCCAUGGGCCAUCGUUUGCCUUAUGUAAUGGGAGCGAUGGUGAAAAUAUGCAAAAAUACGCGAAUGAAUCACUCACAGAGGUGGAGGCGGACGCAGACGCUCCCAUUUGGUCGCAGUUUCUCGAAGAUUAUGUUUUGAGCCAAAGCAGCAGCCAGCGUGCGUCAAAGGAUCUGCCGUAUAUGGGUGGCGGGGAUAUGGGCAUGAGCAUGUCCAUGAAUGGACCCCUCAACUAUCAUUCGUCGGCUUACAAGCGACCCGGAAACAACAUUUACAUCACACGCCGCAUAGGCGAGGCUGUGGAGCUGGAGCCGCAUUUGCGCAAGCCCGUGGAGAGUCAGAGUCCCAUUGUGAAUCCUCAGUUCCGGCCGAUGACCAAUCAAAUGUUGCACCAACAGCAGCAGCAGCACAUGCAACAGCAGCAGCAACAACAACAGCAGCGGCAGCAGCCAGGCUUCCUGCAGCAGCUCUUUGGCAUUGGUGGCAGCUCCGGGGGAGGCAACUCCAAUCCCAAUCCUCCGCCACAGCAGCAGCAUCUGCGGCCAGUGCCCCUGCAGCAGCAGCAACAGCAGCAGCAACAGCAUCUGCAGGGCGGUGGCCAGCCGACAACAUUCCGCGCUGUGUCCGAGAAUGAUCUGUAUCUGCUGGGUGCCAUCGAGAAGCUGGUCUAUCGUGUUGAUUACUUGGAGAGCCGCGUGCGCCGUUCAGAGCAGUUGAUCUACUACCUGAUGGCUGGCAACAAUCAGAAGGAGGUGAAGGAUCCCUGUCCCACGAACUUUACGCGCAUCAGCGACAACUGCUACUACAUCAACAGCCAGCAGCAGGUAAACUGGAAGACUGCCAAUUCAGCCUGCAAGGCGCUCAACUCGCAUCUGGCAGAGUUCGAGAAGGUCUCGGAGAACGAGGAGAUCAUGGCCUAUUUGCUGAAUCAGCCGACGCACAGGGGACGCGACUACUGGCUGGGUGGCCUCAACCCGGGUCUGCUGUGGAUCUGGUCCAACUCGGCCAAGCCGGUGAAUCCCAACACGAAUCUCACAUCGAUAGCCAUGGCACAGAAGAGCGAGAAUGCCACGGCCGCCAAUCUAGUGGAGAGCGCCGAGGAGCCAUCGGAGGACAGCAGCAGCAGCGAUGUGCUCAACAACACAGUGCAGAUCGAGGGCAAGGGUCGGUGUCUGCGGCUGAGCUACAAUGCUGGCAAGCACAGCUACGUGUACUAUGGCCAGGAGUGCACUUCGAGGCACUAUUACAUCUGUGAGCACGAGGACAAGACGCUGGAUAACAAGAUCAAGAAGAUAUCCCGCGAACUGAAGCUCUUCGAUGGAGCAAACGACUCACACAAGUGAUAGGCACUGGCACUUCUAGUUAAUUUUCUAGCCAUAUAUAAACGUAAAUUUCGAAUGAAUUUAUUCUUGUGUUAAACGUUAAAUAUUUAUAAAUAUU